AUGACAACCAACGCGCUGUUGACGGCCGAACUGGCCAUCUACGCCGUUCUCUCCCUCCCCGUGCUCUAUCUCCUGAUCCGCCACUCGCCCGCAGGCCUGCUCGGGUGGUUCUAUCUCUUCACCUUCUGCACCCUCCGCAUCGUUGGCGGGGCUGUCUCUGCGUCUCCCGCCAGCAUCAUCUCCAGCAUCGGCUUGUCUCCCCUUCUGCUGGCCGGGUCCGGCAUUCUCCAUGAAGCGAGAAUCUAUCAUUCCCGCGUGAACAGAGCACAAGAAUGGAGCCUAGUCGCCGUCUUCCACCUGCUAGUGGCUACCGGGGUUGCCCUGGUCGGCAGCGGCGCCUCAGGUCUACAGAGCGACCACCCCACAAACCGCGACCUUAAGCUCGUCAAAGUCGGCAUCGGUCUGUUGACCGCUUCUUGGGCCGUCUUGUGUCUCUGGACCGGCAUAUCCUGCAUGCCAUCUCAGAGGGACAAGUCAGCCCCGAGGCACCGACAAGGAAUAACACUGUUGCGCGCGGUGGCCUUUUCGUUGGUCCCGAUCGGCAUCCGUGUUCUUUAUGCCCUCGUCGCCCUCACGACCCGCCGGCGGUCCCUCAACCCUGUCACCGGCUCCCUGGCGGCCCGGGUCGUCCUGGGCCUCCUCCCAGAGCUGAUCACGACCCUCGUUCUGAUCAUUGCGGGAAUGCGGACCCGGAACGCCUCCCGUGUCGGAAACGAAAAGGCGGAGGAGCUCAUGGGGGACAGCUCCCAAGGACGCCAUCAACUUAGCUAA